GAAAUGACAAUGUGAAUUAGAUGAUAAUAGAAAUCAAACGGAGUCCGGAGGUUAAUCAAAUGAAGCUCGUGUUUUGGAUUUAUUCAAUUAGUUCUUUUUCAACCUUUCAAAAGUGAGUUUCGUGCUAUAAAACAGGAUGAUGAACGAAAGGAAACAGAAAGUGAAAUGGAUAGCCAUUUUAUGGUAUAUUUACAUACACAUUUUAGGAGUGUACGGUAUCUGGUUGAUGUUCACUUCUGCCAAAUGGAUAACAAUAUUCUAUACAAUUUUCAUAACAACUAUUGGUUGCUUUGGAAUGACAGCAGGUGCUCAUAGAUUAUGGGCUCAUAAGACAUAUGAAUGCGAAAGUUUGGUUAAACUUUUUCUCAUGAUCGCUCAUACUUCGGCAGGAGUGGGUUCGAUAUAUAACUGGGUAUUAUAUCACAGAAUCCAUCAUAAAUAUUAUGGAACUGAUAAAGAUCCUUACAAUCACAAGAAGGGAUUUCUUUAUAGCUACUAUAUAAGCAAUGUAUUGUCGCCUAAUAUGAAUCUUGAGGAGAUGAAACGUAGUAUUGAUCUAAGCGAUAUCGAGAAUGAUAUUUAUGUUUAUUUUCAAAAGAUCUUCUACUGGCCAUUAUUUUUAAUAUUUGGCCUUAUAUUGCCUUUGAAUGUACCAUUGGAAUAUUGGAACGAAUCACUGAUUGAGACUAUAUUAAUAACAGGAUUCUUACGGUUCGCUAUUAUAAUAAAUACAUCCUGGCUAAUGAAUAGUGCACUUCUGGUUUGGAAUAUCAAGGAAGGAGAAAAGAUUCCAUUAAAAACUAUCAGCAUUUUCUUCUUGAAAAAAUCAUUUUGGCCGAAAUAUCAUUACAAAAUUCCAUGGGAUUGGAAAUGUGGUGAAUUUGGUAUUUAUAAUGAUGACUGGACUACAUUCUUUAUUAAAAUGGCGCACGAACUUAAUUUGGUUAAUUCGUUGCUAACAGUCGAUACUGAAGAUAUCAGAGAUAUGCUUCAUGAAAUGAGUAUAAAAGAAAUUACUCUUGAAGAUGGCCUCGAAAAGUUGAAAAAGAAAUCUAUAUUUAAUAUGGAGAAAACAAAAUUGACAAAAAAGUAUUGAAUUAAAAAUACAAAAUUAAUUAAACUAAAUUAAUUCAUCAAAAUUCAAUUUCAUUGUUUACAUAUUUAUUUCAAAUAUUUAUUUUAUUGACAUAUUAAAUAUUACAAAAUUUUGAAUAAAUUUAAUUGAAUAAAUAAAACUAAAAACAAUUAAAAAAAAAA